AUGAGACCUGCUGACAGAUUAUUCCAGAUUGUCCUGCAACUCGGCCGCGGUCGAGUACUGACCGCGCAUACGUUAGCUGAGCGGUUGGAAGUCAGUGAACGGACAAUUUAUCGCGAUAUCCAGAAUCUGAUGGCCUCGGGCAUCCCUGUUGAUGGGGAAGCUGGGGUGGGCUACCGCCUGCAUCGCGGUUAUCAGGUACCGCCAAUGAUGUUUGACCAGGACGAGAUCCAGGCCCUGAUAUUCGGGGCCCAGGUGGCUACCCGCUGGGGGGACCACGAUAUGGCGGCAGCGGCUGAGCGCAUCCUCGACAAAAUCGAUGCCGUUCUGCCGGACAGCCUGCGUCCGCUGCUACAGUCCGAAGCGCUGAUUGUGCCGGAGAUGGCCAGCGCCCAGAGUGAACUGACCACAACCCACCUGGGUGCCGUAAGAGAUGCGAUCAAUGAUCGCAAGCGCCUGUACAUCGCCUACCAGGAUGCCGCAGAGCACCCAACAGAAAGAAUCGUCUGGCCGCUGAGCUUAAUGUAUUGGGGACAUACCUGGAUGGUAGGCUGCUGGUGCGAGCUGCGCCAGAGUUUCCGCAGCUUCCGCAUUGAUCGCAUUGUAGAAGCACGUACCCUGGCUACUCAGUUCCCCGACGAAAGCGGCAAGCGCCGGGCAGAUUAUUUUGCACAGGUCCGUGAUGAAAAGAGCUGA